AUGCUAGCGAUUUGCGUUGUCUGGCAAUUCAUAUGGUCCCUGUGUCAAGCUGUGCGCGACACAACGGCUGACAAUCGCCACAUAAGCCCUGCGCCGGAGAAUGAUGGGGAUGAUUGCCCCAGUGCCACUCCGAGCGGCUUGGAUUUGCGAUCGCUGGCGUUGGAAGGGCCGGACUUCACCUUCAUGAAAUCUCGGGAAUUCUUUCUAUCCAAGACUGCGUCCUGCGAUGAUCCCAUGCAUGGCGUGGAGCUUGAGAAGGUGAAGAAAGACACCAAUGCCAAGCGCGCUCAGCUUGCGCAACGCUUCCGUGUCAAGCAGGUGAAGACAGUCCUCCAGUCGGCAGUGCAGAACAAGCUUUCUACCAAGACUGUCAAGGAAGCGGUGAUGGGAGUUCCGGGGGAGGAGGAGCAGGUGCCAGCGGUGGAGCUCCAUCUCUUCCCAGAGGACCCGAAGAAGGUGAACUCUUCUUGGCGGGCGCUCCUGGUGCCUACCACCCCAAAAGCCUUCGGCACUUGGUUUUUGUGUCAGCCCACACCAUCCUCCCCACGCUGCAUCGCGAAGUUGCCUUUCGAAGCACUACCCUUCCACCCAAGCUCCGUGGUUCGUGGCUGGUAUGCAGUCCUCGAUCGCUACAAGUCGUCUCCUGCCCUACUGAUCUCCCUCAUGGAAGCCGUCCUGGCUUGUGGCUCCCUGUUGCUAUUGGCUUUGGCCAUUUCCGCCGUCUAUGUCAUGGUAAAAGGACGUGGAGCCUCAAAACAAGAUGGUGGGGAAGAAGCCGAUGAGCCCGAGGGCUCCUUGCUGGCGAAGACCGAUUGGUCGUUUCCCUGUACGUUCCACUUGACGCAGCAUGCACAGCUGUACCAGGAAAGUGGCGAGAAGGUUCAGGACGAUCCGCUCGAUGCUGGGAGCUGCGUGGUCGUGCAGGAAGUGCAGAAGGGGAAAGUUCGGUUGUCCCUCGCCUCCUUGGUUCUUUCAGGCGACGUGGCGGACGUCAUUCGGACACCGUUGGGUAAGCCAAAGGAGACGCUUUGGGGGCGGCUGGAAACACCUGCUGGCUGGCUACUCCUUUCCAAGGAAGGUGAACGCAUGCCACGAGUGGUGACGGACAAGACGAAUGUGAUCUUUUCCACGCAUACCGAUCUAUUACCUUCACUUCCUGUGCUUCUCAGAGGCAUCCUCGUGUUGCUGUCAGUGCAUGUGUCCUCUCAGUGGAUUUUGGUGGAGUUUUUCACGUCGAUGAAUUCCUUUGCCAGAUUGAUGACUCUGAUGUUUGGUACCCUGGCCACGCAUCUGCUGGUAGUGCUGGAGCGCUAUCGGACGUAUGCGCUCGCUAUGCAGUAUGAUGAAGUCUUGCAAAGGAAGCGCCAUCUGCUUCGACUGCCUGCAACACAUUUGAAGAUGCUCGUGGUUUUCGCGGUGCUUCAGGCUGCCAUACUGACCAUCAUCAUCGAAAAGCUAGUGGCUGGUUCUAGCAAACAGCUUGUGACUGAGCUCUGCUUCUUGCUUUGCCAGGCCAUGCAUGGGAAGGCCAUGUAUGACAAUAGUGCUGUGCGACUGAAGUGGCGGGAGCCACAGCUGGCAAGCAAAGAGGUUUACACAGCCACGGUUAAAGCGAUGCCGAGCACUUCCGAUCAUCCUGCUCGUCUCUCCAGCAAGAGGACACAGAGCCUAUCCGUGGUUCGCCAUGUGACGUGCACAGUCGUCUUGAUAGCCAUGAUGCUCGUCGCCCGUAUCACGCUGGACGUCCUGCAGCUGCGAGGGGAACUCGUACACUACGGCUUCACACGAGGGAAGCUCAUCUAUCCUCCUGGCAGCUCCGCCUUCCACAACACGCUGCUUCUGGACCGGAACGCUGACUCCAUUACUGUGGACCUGCAUCUUGGUGAGUUCACCCGUGGUGUGGAGAUGGACCUUGCACACCCCCUCUUGACGGAAGAGGACCAGGAGCGCGGAUCUUUAUUCCUGAACAUGUCGGGUGAGCUGCAGCUGUCCCUUCCCAGCGGCCCCCUCUACUCUCGGCUCUCACUCCUAGCGGUCGGCGACUACGUCAACACAACCUACGUGAUUCACAUCCUCCGCGUGGGCAAGGCCAUCUCCUUGGGGCUCUCCGGCAGUUUCAAUGAAACCAGACACCCCGAGCUGGCAGGGACCACGUUUCUGGAGGAGCGCACACUCCGGUACCAGUUGCGGCAUCGCGUGUGGUAUGUGCCAGACAUCGAUUUCUCAGCGAAUAUCACCCUGCUGGUCAAAAUGACCUCCCUGGUCUUUGCACCCAUGGUCGCCGGUUCCCAGGAGCAAGCCGACACAAUUGCAGAUUCAAUCCCUCGUGUAGCCGAGAGGUGCCACCGUGAGUCUGCAGGCUACGACUGUGUUGUCGAAGAAACGGUCAACGUCGGCAGCUCGCAGUUUUGCAUUUACCAGCAUUCUGCAGAGCAUUCGGUCUUCCCCGACUUAGGCAAUGCGGGAGUGGCAGGCCCGGACAGCGGCAUGCUGCCGUGGCUGCAGGACAUCCAAUUCAGCGGCAAUUGGGUCCGUUUGACACCUGGGCCGGACUUCGAUGCAGAGGCCGUCGGGAACCACAGCUUGAACACCGUCUAUCGGCUAACCGGCCUCCUGAAGGUGCAGGAUGACGAUACUGCAAUCCAAAUUGCGGCUACAGAAGACCUGACGAAUACCGAAGCCCUUAGGGCGCAACUCAUGGUGGUAUCAGGGGCUCCGCGGCCCCUGUUGCAGGUGAGGGACGAGUCCGAUGCAUGCUUCCUUCUUCCGACCUUCAGCCUCGAUGGGCCAUUGGACUAUGCGAUAUGUGGUGCACAUGGCGCCCUUGACCAAGUCGAGGCAUUCGUGACGGAUUCUCGUUUCCACGUCAUCCCCGAGGACCUACAGGAGCCCGGCAACUGCGGCAUUGUGCGCAGGCGCGGCUUUCGGUCAGUUCGCAAAGACGACUCCGGCUGCGGGGCGUGGUGUCAACGUUAUUUGCCCCGUGGAGCACGCUAUGACAUGACCGUCUCGCACUCCCCCAGCAGAUGCUUCGACCUCGCCUUGGACCUGGAAAACGCAACUGCAUUAGAAGGGUCCCUGUGGAUGACCAUGUCCGUGCGCGACAGUAGAGGAUGCCUGGAUGCUGGGUGGUUGACUCGGGCGGUGCGUUUGAAUUCCUCUGCGAGUGUGAAGGAGCUGCUUGAGUGGGAUGCCGACGCCAACCAGAUCUGGAUGGGCGUGACCCCCCUGCAGACUGCCGCAGCCGCCCAGCUGGCCAGCUUGUCUUGUGCAUAUCUGCUCCGAAUAGCUUUUGCACGAAAUUCUGUGUCUUGGAAUGUUGUCAACCUGUGGUUCUGGCAAGAUGGCGGAGGUUGUCGUUCUUGA